CUAUAGCUACCUGGUACCAGGUAGCCUAUCAGAUUUCAGGAUAACUCCAUACUUCCCAUGCACUUCGUAACUAAAGACAACACGAAGACAGCAAUUAAUGGUAACUACUAUAAAAAUCAACAAUAUUUCUAAUCGUUUUGGAAAAGGUACCUAAUUAAAUGCCUAAUGCUCUAGAGUAAUACCCCCUUACGUGGCUUGUGCAUUUUACGUUUCUUUUCUUUCCAUCACUACCGUACUUGGACUAUAUUCUAUGAUAACUAUGAGCUACAUACAUGUAUUGCUGGUCAAUAAGAAACUAAUUAUCAACAAUUUCCACAGGAACCCAUGUUGAAAUGUAGUGUCUGAUCCGGUUGGUAUCCCUGUACAAGGCAUAGGUAACCCUCCUUAGAAAUUCGAGCUGAUACCUCUGUUUAGGCUGCCAGCCCAAGUCUUUUACACCAACUUUCCGAGAUCCGCGGAUCCCGAUGUUUAAGCAGACCGCCUUGGGCAAGAGGAAAAUGCCAACUUAAAUCCGGGACCAAGACGUAUCUUUAAUAGCUACCUACCUGUUAUCCAGCCUAUCGUUCUACGGUCCCCGCAUGUGACUGUAUCAACCUGCGACUAACCAAAGAAAUCAAUUUAUUAUAAUUUAUAAACGCCAUGGAUCCCGAGGUGUCCGAAGCCGGUGGUCCAGGAUCUCCAGGGCCCCGGCGAGCAUGUGACCAAUGCAGACUUAGGAAGAUACGCUGCGACAAGGAGUCUCCGUGUUCCAACUGUCGGAGUGCCAAGCGAUCAUGUAGUUCUACUGGUGCUGGCCAAAAGCCCAAGGAACCACGACAACGAGUGUUAAUUUCUAGCCAAUAUGAACGGAAGAUCGAUUUGAUCGAGGAACGGCUGAGUGGUAUUGAGACGCUUCUGCGGAAUUUAAGCCCUAUCUCAGCAUCCACAUCCUCUGCUACGGAGAAUUACACACGACGGCCGUUCGAGAAACUAACUACUCCGUCGUCUCUUAAUAGCCGAGAUGACAUAUCCAGCACGGUGUUCGACCCCGAGGACGCGGGGGACUUUGAGGGUAACUCGUCGCUAGCCGCACAUACGGCUUUCGCGAGCGAGUUUCUUGAGCAUGCCGUACAGGGAACUCCGCUGGAACAGAAAGGCAGCAACUCCAAGAUUGAUGCAGCCUUGUCCUCCCUAAAGCAGAUUGUCCAGAUGCAGGAAAACCGGCGAACAGUCUCGUCCUUCCACGAGUUUCGCUUGCCCGGCCAAAAACAGCAUUCCAAGGCCCCUUUACGGGAUUUACCUUUGCCCCCAAUGGAGGUCGUGGCACAAACCCUUCGGGACAUGAAACAUGGUCCAUUGCCAAUGAUGCUUGCUGUCCUCUACUGCUUUAUAGAUGUGGAGCAUUUCACUGACCAAUGUCGGCGUGUCUAUUUCAACACAGAAGACAUCACGGACGCUACGUUUAUCCUUGUAAACUGCGGUCUUGCGUAUGUGUUCUUUGAGGUAAAGCUGAGUGCAAAGACAGAUGAAGAAAAGGAAGAAGCCGACCGGUAUUUCAAUAUGUGUCAGAAGAACAUAGACACUGUAUUAUCUCACCUAAAUCUCCUUAUGCCGGCAACGCUAGAAAACAUCGAGGCAUUACUGAUGGCGUCGAGUUUCUCGAUAGAUAUUUCGCGUCCAUCUUUAGCAUGGCUUCUAGCCGAGCGGGCUGCGCAUAUGUGCCGGACACUGGGCCUUCACCAAGUCCAUAGCAUGAAAGAUGAUAGCCCGCAGAAGAAGGCAGACAAGUCGCUCCUAUUUUGGUGCACCUACAUGCUGGAUAAAGGACUGUCGCUACGACUAGGUCGAGCGUCCAUUUUACAGGAUUACGAUAUCUCGCUGCCGCAUAUUGUUCCCGAGAGCAAAACAGCAACAUAUCCGGGAAACGAGGUCAUGACGCUGUGGAUCAAACAUGCGCAGAUACAAGGUCGCAUAUAUGAGCGUUUAUAUAGUCCCGGUGCCUUGCGACAAUCCGAGACGUACCGUGUCGAGCAAGUCAACAUUCUAGCUUCGGAGCAAAAGCACCUGAUGGCAGAGAGUUUGGGGCUCUACUCUGUAUUUAGCGCAUCUGAUGACGCAGAGGGCCGUAUGUUCUCUAUAAUGUUGAAAUCAGACGAAGUGUCGUAUCUUUCGUCAUUAGCCCUUACGUACCGUGCCCUGCCACCAACGGGGACCCGAUCGCGCACUUUUUCGGACGAGUGUAUCGACUCGGCUCGAGCAGCCAUGGCAUGUCAUCAAGAGGCCAUGGAGAUGAUGGAUGACCAGUCCUUAAAGAUAGUAUACAUUCACUGGACAAUUCUUUAUGCGCCGUUCAUCCCGUUCAUCGUAAUAUUCUGUUUGGUGAUUGAAACAUCCAGCGCGGAAGAUUUACAGCGCUUAGCAGACUUUGUGCAAUCAUUAGAAGCAGCAUACGACUUAUCACAGUCAAUCAGCAAGCUGCAUCAGUUGUGCCAGGUAUUAUAUAAUAUCGCUCAGUUAUACAUCGAGGCGAAGGCGCAACAACCCGUCGACCAGGAUAUGGUUCCUCUAGGCAACGAGUUCAACAUGUACUUGAGCCAGUUGGGGUUCAUGCCGAUGGAUGGCGGUGCGGCCAAUUUCGAUUUGGCUGAUACCAACGAUCAGGCCAGAUCGAUGGCACAAACGGCGCAGUUAGGUGAUUGGUUCUCUGGGGGCAAUCAUAUGUUGGGGUUACUAGAGGAGGACCUUUCUGGGAUAAAUUCUUCAAGUUGGCCGUCGUGACGUACAAUAUGCGUAAGAAGAUUAAGGCUUAGAUGGAUAAGAUGGAUGGAUGUAAUGGUUAGAUACUUGCACAAAUAUGAAGGAGCGUACCUAGAUGCCCUAUAUAAUACUACAGGACCACGUCUGAUUAUAUAUUCCGCUCCUCUUUAUAACCGGCGAAGGUUAUAUACACAACUAU